AUGGGGAGCUGUGGACGAACGUCCGCCAGCACUUCUGGCAGCAGGGCUUCCGCGAGAGGGACGUCGACCAGGUCACGGCCACGGGCGCCGAGGUCAACGUGGCGCGCAGCGGCGCCGCGCGGAAGGCCCUGGCGGCCUUCGGGCGCCAGCACGAUGCCCACGCGGCGGCCCGGUCAGCGAGACGCCAGGCUUCGUCCUCCCCGGAGGUGGAAGACCUCGAGCCCGACGAGAUCCGCAGGGCGACCCACGGCGAGGAGGAGGAGGAGGAGGGGCCUCUCGAGGUACUGCAAGGUGCUGAGCGGCUGCUCCAUGCGCCUCCAGGUGGCGAUCUCUCGCCUGCUGCGGCCGGUGGAGUACAGCCAGGGCGAGGGCAGCCGCGAGGUGUGCCGGGCCGGCGACGAUCGCAAUCGCCGCCUCAUGAUCGUCGCCAGCGGCGUGGCCGAGGCCGUGCUCGUCAACCCGGACGGCAGCGAGGUCUUCGUGGGCUACUUCGGGCAGGGCAGCCUCCUGGCGGGGCUGUCUGCGGUGGGGCUGCUGUCGCGGUACCUGAUGACCGUGAGGGUCGCGGUCCCGAAGGAGGGGCGCCCGCAGAACGAGGCCGCCGUGCGUGCGGGGGCGGGCAGCCGCAACCUUGCGGUGUACGAGUGCCCAGAGAGCGAGCUGGCGAGCCUCGACUUCAGCCUCCAUGACGAGAUGCAGGUCCUCCGGCGGAGGGUCAUCGCGGACACUCGCCGUAUGGUGAUGCCGUGCCUGCUGGAGACCAUGCAGACUGGAGGAUUCUUCAUGCGGUACAGCCACGAGCUGGUCAAGCGAAUCGCAACCGACAUGGAGUUCCGCAUCUUCAAGCCUGGGGAGCUGAUCUUCAAGGAGAACAACCGCGCCAGCAAGAUGGCAAUCCUUUUCUCUGGGGAGGUCGACAUCAUGAAGAACGGCGCACCCGUGGCCACCAUCGGGACUUGCGGGCACUUCUUCGGCGAG